UUAUAAAUAUGUAUACUUUUUUUUUAUAAUUCAAAAGGGGAACGUUUAUACUAUUUAAACUAUAACGCUUAUACUAUUUAAACUAUUUUAAAAAAAUACAACACUUUGAAUCAAUGCUCGAACUUGACUUGACAGUUGGCUCGAAAAAUGUUGAAUCAAGCUUGACUCGAUGUUAUUUGAAUCAAUGUUGAUUAUUUUUUGAGUUAAUUCUGAGCGAGUCUGUUGAAUCGAGCUCAACUCGAUGUUAAUUGAAUCGAUUAUGAUUGUUUUUUGAGUUAAUUCCGAAUAACUCGCGAAUUGUCUUGACUGCUUUGGCCCCUAGUUGCUGCACUUGUGUGCUUAGUGAUAUGGUGAUUAAAUAUGCAUACUACAUUUGACCUGAUACAAACUUGUAAUUAGUUUUACAUUUUAUUUUGUCCCAUCAGAUUUUUAGAUGCUAUGACAUUUUAUAUAGAGUGGUAAUAUUGAUCGUCUAAGAUAUGAAUUUCAUCUAAUAUGCUAUGAUAAUUUUUUGUAGAUAUAUUCCUAAAGAUUCUACUGUUCAUCAACUGAUCGAGUAUGCCAAGAUCAAGCUUAAUGAGUAGAGGUUCUGAAAUGCCUCAAAGGCCAGCUCGCCGAGGUCCACAUCCGCUAAGAACAUCUAGCUCUGAUUCAGAUACACUGCAUCAUCGAUCAAUUACUGACCGAAGUUCCAAGCUCAGCGAUCGGCGCGCUUCACGUGGUUCCGGUCCUGACUUGCUAAGUCAAAAAAAACUCGGAACUCGUAUAGAAAAUCUGGAAUCUCAACUUGGUCAGGCACAAGAAGAGCUCAAGAUUCUGAAAGACCAGUUAGUUUCUGCUGAAGCUGCGAAAAAUGAAGCUCAACUAGAACUCGAAAAGAAAUCAAACAUACCAACUCUUCCGAAUCCUGAGGAAGUUCAAGAUACGCAUCCUCCGAUGGUAACACACAAUGUCAAAGAGAUAACAGAUGGAAAUGUUGCAAAUGAAGUUUCAGAGGACAAACAUGAGGAAACUGAUGGUUUCGAAGUGAACAUAGAGAAAGAGACUGAUGAUUCCGAUGUCAUAAUCGAAGAAUGCGUGAUUCAAGUAGCAGCUGAACCCGUAGCAAAUUCUGAUCCAGAGAAGCCGUUAGUCACUGAAUUGGCUUUGAAGGAUGAUGAGAUAGACAUGCUUAAAGCCAAGUUAAACCAGAAAGAAAACGAACUCCAAGUUUUCUGUACCGAAAAUCAAAACUUAAAGAAUCUACUGAACGAAGCGACUUUAAGCCUUUCGUCAGCGAAAACCAAAGAAGAAGAAAUGUCAUUGAAACUGAAAAAAGUAGUAGAAGACCAAGAAAAUGCAGCUGAACUGAAAGAACAGCUUGAAGCUGCAGAAGCAGAGAUAAAGAAAAUGAGAGUGCAGACAGAGCAGUGGAGAAAAGCAGCAGACGCCGCGGCAGCAGUGCUUGCGGGGGCUGCGGAAAUCAAUGGUGUCGAUAGGCAUUUUGGUAGCAGUGUGUUUGAGACACCAGCUUGUGGUUAUAAUAUUGAUGAUUUGGAUGAUGCUUUUGGAAUUGGGAAAAGGAAAGGGUCUAGUAUUAGAAAGUUUGGUGACUUGUGGAAAAAGAAAGGUCAGAAAUAAGUAAACUUUUGCUCUCUUUGUUUAAUGCUAUUCAAAUGAUUGUUCACUCUUUUUUCUCACCUAUGUAAAAUUUUGUGGAAGCUAAACUAACAAAAUAUUUCCAGGUAUAA